UGCCCUGAGGAGAGGCCUGGCAGGGGGCUAAGGCGGUGGGAUUGCCAAGGGAUUUGCCAGAAAGACCUUUGUGUCCAGAUGUUUGGACAGCAGCUGGCUAGAACAGAAGGCAGAUCCCUCUGCUCCUCUACAGGGUCAAGUCACCCAGCGCUAGUGAUGCGCAGCCCCACAGGCCUAUCUUGCAGCAAUGACAUUCUCUUUGGAAGACCAUGUGGCAUACUCCAGUCCCUCUAUUACAAGUACGCUGGCAAGGAAGGUGACAAGAAGACCCUAACAAAGCAGCAGCUGAAGGAGCUGGUCCUCACAGAGAUCCCCUUUUGUAAGAAGCCGCGCACUGCUGAGGUUGAAGCUUUGAUAGAAGAUCUGGACAGAGACAAAAAUUCUGAAGUGAGCUUCCAGGAAUAUUUCACUUUCCUGGGGAAGUUGUCUAUGCUCUCCUAUUAUCCCCCCAGGAAGGACCAGUAAAUUGGAGAUGUCUUCUGGGGUU